UCACUCUGUCACAAAAAAAAUAAGAGUUGUAGAAAUGAUUGGAAACUCAAGACAGCCAUGACAUUAUGUUAUUUACAAGUGUAUGUAAACUUUUGACCACGACUAUAUAUAUGUAUAUAUAUAUAGUUAGUUAGUUUAGUCUUUAUUUGAAGGGACAAUGUACAGAAACAUUAAGCUCAAAGACAGAUAUGUUCUGUACCAGAUUAUAGCUAAAUAGCUCAUUUCCAUCUGCAGUCCCUGGCUACCUAAAUUAAAGGGAUACAAAAAUCAUGCAAUAAAAUUAUGACAAUAAAAUAUAUAUAUAAAUAUAUAUAUAUGCUGCCCCCGUUUGGGGACCCCUGCUCUAUAUUGAAAGUGGAUUUUACUGUAAAAAAAAUUGUAAUUACUGUAACAAUUUUACAUGAACAGUUGGUUGGAUUACUUGCUUUGAAGUCAUAAAUCAAGCAGAUAUUUAAGUAUGUGUCUUCAUUUGAACAAUACCAUUGUUUUGAAAUGUAUGAUGAUAUAAUCCAUCCAUUUUCUACCGCUUGUCCCUUAAUUUUAGUUUUAUUAUAAGAGAUGAUUAAAGUGUAAAUGUUCAGUACAGGCCAAAAGUUUGGACACACCUUCUCAUAUCAGUGUGUUUUCUUUAUUUUCAUGACUAUUUACAUUGUAGAUUGUCACCGAAGGCAUCGAAACUGACACCUGUGACGUGAAAAUUCCUGAAGCUCAUCGAGAGAAUGCCAAGAGUGUGCAAAACAAGAACGAGAAGGUGUCCAAACUUUUGGCCUGUGCUGUAUGUGACUUUCCCCUGCGCUUUCUUGCUAAAAGGUGGUGUUGGGUGACGUGUGGUCCAGUACCAGCUCAUGGUGGAAGGCCACGUGGUUCUGGAGCUCCACCUGCGUCUGACAGAAGAGCUCGAAGAGUUUCCUGCCGAUGGGCUGCUUCACGCACAGGCAGUUGCGGAGGACACCCCGGCGGCCGCCAGGUGGCGGAAGACUGCAGCAGGUGACGUCACGCGCGCUCGUGACGCUGUGCUGAGCGCGAGGAGGAUGAAGACUCCGCUCCUCCGGCCUCCACGCGCGGCUCCAUGAGUCACGAGGCCAGACAUCCACGUCCCGCGCGUCAGAUCUUCACGCAGUCCAAAUGGCGUUCAUGUCCCGGUUCUCCCGGUCCCGGAGCAGCUCCAGGUCUCCGAGUCGCAAAGACUCGGAGCGCAUCUCUCCCACCUUGACCGUGUCCGAGUUGGAGAGACUUCUUUGUAGCGGCAAGACGGCCUGCAACCACGCCGAUGAAGUCUGGCCUGGACUUUAUGUGGGAGACCAAGACAUUGCGUCAGACCGCCGUGAGUUGUCCAGGCUGGGCAUCACUCACAUCCUCAACUGUGCACAGAGUAAAUGGCGAGGUGGUGCAGAGUACUACCAGGGUAUGCACGUGGUGUACUACGGCAUCGAGGCUCACGACUCACCCGCCUUCGACAUGAGCGUCAACUUCUAUCCUGCCUCUGAGUUCAUACACAAAGCUCUAACCCGGGGAGGCAAGGUUCUGGUCCACUGCACAGUGGGAGUGAGCCGCUCUGCCACGCUGGUUCUGGCCUACUUGAUGAUCCGACAGAACCUGACGCUGGUGGAGGCCAUCAAGACGGUGAAGGACCACCGUGGCGUCACCCCCAACCGGGGCUUCCUACGCCAGCUCAAUGGCCUGGAUGGCAUCCUGAGGGAGAGUCGCAGGGCUGCACCUCAAAGCUGAGUCACGACGGAACCGGAACCGGAACCACUUGAGGUUUAUUCAACAUUCAGUUGACAGAAAGUCUGGAAACAUCCAAGGUGCCAUCUCUAUCAGCUACUAACUGCCUGGAUGACGACAGACUGCAGAGUUCAGUCAGGGCUAACUGCUAAUGCUAACAAAUAACAUCCAAAACUGCUGUUUAAUAUUCAAAGUACCUCCGGCAUCGUUUUAUUGACACCUUUUUAGGACUUGUUCUGUGCGAGUGCACGGCAACAUGGAAGCUACUUUUCUUAGCCAGGAUUCAAAGAACAAGCUGAGUUUGUAACAUUGGCGUUUAUAGUUCAUUCACUCGAGAAUUGAUUGAUUGAGACUUUUAUCAGUAGAUUGCAGAGUACAGUACAUAUUCCGUACAAUUGACCACUAAAUGGUAACACCCCAAUAAGUUUAAGUCGGGGUCCACGUUCAUCAAUUCACGGAGCUAGCUAGCGGUGGAAUUGAGCAUUAACUCAGCUCUGCGUCCUAAAUUGGCAAAUGAGCCAACACGGUCGUCAGUUUGAUGACGACAUGAAUGCUAAAAGCUAACACGGAAUGUUAGCUUGCAUUGUUGCCAAACAAGUGUUUUUGUUAGCUGGCCACUCGGGGACCAACGUGUGACGUAUCUAUUCAUACGAUACUGGCACAUUUUAUAGCAUAUUUCUAUGAAGUCCACACUUUUACUGGUAAAUAUAAACAUGUGUUGGCGGUUCUGUGCUGUAAAAGAAUGUUUGUGGUUUUGUGCUGUGAUUGGUUGGAUUAAUAAGUCAUUUUUUUAUUUCUUAGAAAUGAUUUCCAACUUGAGACAUUGAAGCCUUGUGUUUUUAUUGUGAAUACUUUGUAUAACUGCUUGAUUUUAAUAAAUGUUCUU